AAUAAUCGGUUGGUGAGAGAAGAAGGACCACAAUAAUUACUUGCACUUAAUUAUUUUUCGUUCUGAAUUUUUAGUAGAUCAUUCAUAUUUAAUCGUUGUCCACGCAGGUAAAUCAAACUUGUGUUCAAACGCAUAUCUUGCGUGUCUAGUUUAUGUUGAGUGAUUUUUAACUUUUUUUUCACUGUUAUUUGAUAUAUUUAAAUUGUUAUAAAUUUACUAGCAACUCUAGUUUAAUCUAACCUAAUACUUUUUAGAACUCAAAAAGGUGCUUUAUAUAUGUUUACAAGGAUUUUUAAAGUUUUCAAUUCGACCAAAAAUAAAAUGAAACCUUUACACUAUGUUGAUAUUUCAAGUGAAAAAGCUACAUUUGCUAUGGGUUGUUUUUGGGCACCUGACAGUCUUUUUGGCUCUACUCCAGGAGUUAUAACUACAAGAGUUGGUUACGCAGGUGGAUCAAAGCAUUUUUUACCAACAUAUAAAAAUAUUGGUGACUACACAGAAGCCAUUCAAUUACAAUAUGACCCAAAUACUGUAUCUUAUUUAGAGCUAUUAAAUAUGUUUUGGGACCAUCAUGACCCAACUGCGAAAUUUAAAAAACAGUACUCAUCAUUUAUAUAUUAUCAUAAUAAAGAACAAAAAUCAGAAGCUGAGAGGACUCUUAAUGAGAAGAAAGCUAAAGGUCUAGAUAUCCUAACUAAAAUAGAACCAGCUGGUGAAUUUUUCAAUGCAGAAGACUAUCAUCAAAAAUAUCGAUUGCGACAACAUCAAAAUCUAUGCAAAGACUUGGGUCUUGAUUCUGGAGAUGAUCUAAUAAAAUCUCAUGUAGCUGCUAGACUGAAUGGUUAUGUUGUGGGUCAAGGAGGAAUUGAUCAAUUUGAUGCAGAAUCAUUAAAACUAGGAUUAGACGAAGCUACAAUCAAAUAUGUAAGACAUUUGGUGAUUAAAUAUGAAGGUCAAGGAUUACAUUGUUAGGUAAAAUAGUGUUUUCUUUUCAUAAAUUACAUUUAUUGUGUAUUAACUUUUUGGCAUUUUGGAAUUUUAUUUAUCUUUUAUUUUUUUAAC